AUGCCGCUCAUUGCACAGAACCCCAAAGACCGAGUCAUCUUGGGACUCAUGACCUUUGGUCCCGAUGAAUCCAGUGGCGCUCGCGUAACAGACUUUGAUGAAUUCACAAAGCAUCUCGACUACUUUCAGUCACAGGGCUAUGAUGAAAUUGACACCGCCCGCAUGUAUGUGGGCGGCAAGCAAGAAGCCUGGACACGCGAUGCAAAAUGGCAAGAUCGUGGUCUCACCCUCGCAACAAAGGUCUUCCCAUACAAAGCUGGCGUUCACAAGCCUGAUCAGCUAAAAGAACACUUCAACACGAGCCUGAAAGAGCUAGGUGCGCAGACUGUGGAUAUUUUCUACCUACAUGCGCCGGAUCGGUCUGUGCCAUUUGAGGAGACGCUCGAGGCGGUCAAUGAUCUGCAUAAGCAGGGCGCUUUCGUUCAGUUGGGUCUGAGCAACUAUGCCGCAUGGGAAGUUGCCGAGAUCUACAACAUCUGCAAGGAGAGAAAGUGGGUGAGACCGACAAUCUACCAGGCCAUGUACAACGCUAUCACUCGUGCCAUUGAAACCGAGCUUGUUCCCUGCUGCCGCAAAUACAAGAUUGACAUUGUUGUCUACAAUCCCCUCGCCGGCGGUCUCUUCUCGGGGAAAAUCAAAUCUGCCGACAUUGCACCUGACGAGGGUCGUUUCUCCAACAAAGCUGAGCGUGUUGGUUCGAUGUAUCGAGACCGCUACUUCAAAGACUCUACAUUCAAGGCGCUGCAGUUGAUCGAGGCUACAGCCCAGAAACAUGAUUUGACGUUGCUGGAGAUUGCGCUGAGAUGGUGCAUACAUCACUCGGAACUGAAGACGAGAGUCAAGGGUGGAAACGACGGUGUAAUCAUUGGCGUAAGUCGAUUUGAGCAACUGGAGGGAAACCUGGCGAAUUUGGAGAAGGGACCACUGCCCGAGGAAGUGGUGAAGACGCUGGAUGAGGCAUGGAUGAUUGCUAAGGCUUCUGCGCCUACUUAUUGGCGCUAA